AAUCUAUCUUCCAAGAAUGAUAAUGUAUUCCAUAAAUCUAUGUCCAACAUGACUUAAACUUAAAAUCACAAGGUAAAAUCUAUCUUACAAAAAACAUGAUUUAUUUCUAAAAUUAUAUCAAUCUUGAAAUGGCUAGCUUUCUAACUCGUCACUUCCCGUGGUUUCCUUGUCUCGGGUCAUACUACCUGAAAUGGUGGACAAGGGAAAAUCAUGAGAUAAAAUAUCUCAAUAAGUAAAUGUAUGGGUAGCCCAUGGGUAAAAUUUGAGCAUUUCAGAUAAACAGUUUAAACAUAAACAGAAUGCUCAAUGAUAACCAUUAUGCAGAAUAAAGUUCAAUAGUAGUCAAUUAAACUUAUAGCAUGCCAACAAGUGUAAUCAGAAAACGGAUACAAGUACGGGAACGAAAUAGAC